GCGUCAUUCGCUCUCAGACUCCAUGAUCUGAUCCCGAGCGGAGCGGCGCGAUCAUAACUGCGUGUUCCGCGCGCGUUCAGGAGCGUCGUGCGGCGCUCACAUCUCCGCUCAAAUGGACUAGGAAUGAUCUUGUGAGGAUGGAGAGUGUUAAACUAAAGAAGAGCAGCGCUCUGAGUGUGGCCUUGAGAAGCACAGCAGAUGAAGAAGAUGAUGAAGGCCAGAGAGCAUCGAACCAGACGAGCUCAGACCAUCCCAGGACCAGAAGCCAGAGCCCAGCUGAGCUCAACAUGGUAAACAAAGCCUGUAAAGGCAGCUCCAGUCUGCUGCUGAGGAAGAGGAGGGUGAAGAGGCACGUGUCCGGUAUAAACUCAUCUCACAGCCGGAGUCUGGACCGACAGACGCUGCUGAGACACCGAGCCAGUCCUCAACUACAGCUGUCAGACCGACAGUGGGUCCGCCAGGACCUGCGCCGGGGCUCCAUCCACGUGCACGACCGGCUGCUGGCGUGGUCUCACCCGGCCCGGCCCGUUCUGUGCACCGUGGACAGCACCGCGACCGAGAUAGCCCAGCGUCUGCAACAGGCCGGCGGCAAAACGUGCUCCGUCCUGAGGCUGAACGCCAAAAGCUACCUGUCCACCGACGUGAACGGGAACUGCGAUGGAGAGUACCCGCUCCGGCACCUUCACACCGGGACCGAGAGCCUCCCGGAUCAGCCCGGUGACCGGUUACGCCUCCUGCUCCUGGAGAAGGACCAUCCGUACCACCCGCAGGAAUACGACAUCUACACGCCCUCGGAGGCCAGCGUGGACCGCUCGUCCCCUCAGGACGAGGACUCCCUGAAGAGGUUCACGGGGUCCGAUGUGGAGACCAGCAGUGCUUGUGACGAGCUGAGCUCCGGGGCCCGGUUCAGCCAGCACCGGGACUCGCUCAGCGACGACAUGAUCCUGGGCACGGAUGCGUCCGCGUUCGACAGUAGCGCCGCCGAGGGCCUGGACACGUACGGAAGCUCCUCGGACGAGCUGGAGCUGGACUGUCCCACGGAGCCCGUCCUGCCAGGGCCCGUGCCCGGUGACCCACCGCCUGCUCUCGGACACAGUCCGGGGUCAGCGGGCACACCGUCCGAUUCGGACCCCGGCCCGGCCCUGUAUGUUCAGCUGCACGGCGAGGCCGCCCGGCGCCUGGGCCCCGAUGAGAGGCCCCUACAGAUCCAGAAUGAUUUUCUCUUUAAACUGGGAUUUAAGGACCCGUGGCGGGUCCAGGAGGAGGGGAUGAACACUGAGCUGGGAUCUCUCCUGCGCUUCUACGCAGGAAAACCUCACAGUAUCGAGAGCUCCGAGCGCAUCCAGCUCUCCGGGACGUAUAACGUACGGAAAGGAAAGCUGCAGCUUCCGGUGAACCGCUGGAGUCGACGGCAGGUGAUUUUAUGUGGCACCUGUCUCAUGGUCUCCUCGGUGAAGGCCAGCCAUACGGGCAAGAUGCACAUCCUGCCACUGAUCGGAGGAAAGGUGGAAGAGGUGAAGAAACACAGUCACUGUUUGGCCUUCAGCUCAGCGGGACCUCAGAGUCAGACCUACUAUAUCAGCUUCGACAGCUUCACUGAACACCUGCGCUGGCAUCGACAGGCUGCUAAGAUGGUGUCUCAGAGGAUCAGUUCGGUGGAUCUGUCCUGCUGUAGUCUAGAGAAACUGCCGCCCAACCUGCUGUACAGUCAAGACCUGACGCAUCUCAACCUCAAACACAACUUUCUGCCUGCGGACCAGACGCUGCUGCAGCUCCAGAGAUUUUCCCGUUUGCGGAGUCUCAAUCUCUCUAAUAACCAGCUGGGAAGCUUCCCGCUGCACAUCUGCUCCAUUAGCACCCUGACGGAGGUCAACCUCAGCUGCAACCACCUGACCUCCAUCCAUCCUGACGUGGGCAAGAUGACCAAUCUGCAGACGUUUGUUCUGGACGGGAACCUGCUGUGUGCUCUCCCCGUGGAGCUGGGCUCUCUGCAGAGGCUGGCCUACCUGGGCCUGUCCUUCAAUGAGUUCACACAGGUGCCGUCGGUGCUGGAGCGGCUGCCCGCCGUCGAGAGACUCUGCAUGGCUGGAAAUAAAGUGCCGGUGCUGACGCUACAGGCCUUCCGUCUGCUGGCGCUCAAACACGUCGACCUCCGUCUGAACCAGAUCUCCAGCGUGGUGCCGGACGAGCCAGAGUUUCUGCGUCACGUGACGCAGCUGGACGUGCGCGAUAACCGUCUGUCUGAGCUGGACGUGUCCGUGUUCCCGCGGCUGGAGGUCCUGCACUGUCAGAGGAACCGCCUCGCUCGGCUGCGUCUGCGUGGCUGCGCGCUCAAGGCUCUCUACGCCUCCAACAACGAGCUGCAAGAGUUAGACGUGAGUCCUGUGGCCUCUAACCUCACGUACGUGGACAUCUCCAGGAACUGUAUGACGUCUUUGCCCGAUUGGUUGAGUGACAGCAGGAAACUGGAGGUUCUAGAUGUCAGUCACAACAACAUCGCUGAACUGCCUCCGUGGUUGCUGUGCAGUGGCAGUUUGAGGAAGAUCCUGGCCGGUCAUAACCAGCUGAAGCGUUUGCCGGAGCGAGUGGAGCGUCCCGUCGUGGAGGUGAUGGAUGUGCAGCACAAUCAUCUCAUCGAGCUUCCCUGUAAUCUCUUCCUGAAAUCAGAGAGUUUACGGUGUCUGAAUGCGUCAGCCAACAAGCUGGAGAAUCUCCCAGCAUCCAGUCUGUCAGAAGAGAGCAGCAGUAUCUUACAGGAGCUUUAUCUGACCAACAACCACCUGACGGACAAGUGUGUGCCUCAGCUGACGGGACACACACACCUGAGGAUCCUGCACAUGGCCUACAAUCACCUGCAGACCUUCCCAGCCAGUAAAAUGGCCAAGCUGGAGGAGCUGGAGGAGGUGGACCUGAGUGGGAACAGGCUGAAGGCGGUGCCCACCACCAUCCUGAACUGCAGGCGCAUGCACACGCUGGUGGCUCACUCCAACUGCAUCGAGGUCUUCCCCGAGGUCAUGCAGCUCAUGGAGAUGAAGUGUGUGGAUCUGAGCUGUAAUGAGCUGAGUGAGAUCACCUUACCGGAGAGUCUACCUCCCAAACUCCAGGAGCUGGAUCUAACAGGAAACCUGCGCCUGAACCUGGACCACAAGACCCUGGAGCAGCUCAAUAACAUCCGCUGUUUCCGAAUCGAUCCGCCUCCCUCGUCGUUCUCAGCCAAUGAGAGCGCAGGAGGGCCAGCUGUCUGGAGUCACGGCUACACCGAAGCCUCAGGCGUCAAAAACAAACUGUGUGUGGCUGCGCUGUCUGUGAACAGCUUCUGCGGCAGUAGAGAAGCUCUGUACGGUGUGUUCGACGGCGACAGGAACGUGGAGGUGCCGUAUUUACUCCAGUGCACCAUGAAUGACAUACUGGCAGAAGAACUGCACAGGACCAAGAGCGAGGAAGACUACAUGACCAACACCUUCCUGGUCAUGCAGCGUAAGUUAGGCACUGCAGGGCAGAAGCUGGGCGGCUCGGCAGCGCUCUGUCACAUCCGCCACGACCCCACAGACCCCGCUGGCUGCUUCACCCUGACCUCCGCCAACGUGGGCAAGUGUCAGGCCGUGCUGUGUCGCGACGGCAAGGCGCUCCCGCUGUCACUGCUCCACAACAUCAGCAUCAAGGAGGAAUACGACCGCGUGCGACAGCAUAAAGCCAUCAUCACUGAGGACAACAAAGUGAACGGUGUAACAGACUCCACCCGCAUCAUGGGCUAUUCAUUCCUCUACCCGGCAGUCUUGCCUCGGCCGUACGUCAACACGCUCCCGCUGACCCCCAGAGAUGAGUUCUUCAUCCUGGGCAGCAGAGGUCUCUUCGACGUCAUGGACCCCAGCGAGGCGGUGGAGGCCGUUCGGAAGGUCCCCGACGCUUUGGCGGCUGCCAAGAAGCUGUGCACUCUGGCGCAGUCGUACGGCUGCACGGACAGCCUGAGCGCCGUGGUGGUGCAGCUCAGCGUGGCUGAGGACUGCUGUUGCUGCUGCUGCUCGGCGUCCGAAAGCAUCCACGCGCCGCCACAGCCCCCGCCGAGCCCCGGGCCGGGCCUGUACCCGGCCUCCUCUGCGGGCGUGCCCCCGUCCUCCUGCAGCGAGAUCAGCUCCGAGGUCAGCGCUUCCGAGAUGAGCUCCGAAGUGGGAUCCACCGCGUCCUCGGACGAGCCGCCUCUCCUCCUGCAGGACUCGCACAUCCACCUCCAUCCGCAGAGCCACGCGCCGCAGCUGAACCCGCGCCUGCCCUGCUGCUCGCUCCACCUAGCGCCCAAUGCCAGCGGCUCCUUCCAGAGGCAACUUUCAAGCGCCACCUUUUCCAGCGCACUCUCGGACAACGGCCUGGACAGCGAGGACGAGGAGCCCAUUGCCGGCGUCUUCUCUAACGGCAGUCAAGUGGAAGUGGAGGCUGACGUCCACUGUUUGUUGCCUCCGCCACCUCCACCUUGCACACCGGAAACCCCAGAGAAGCUUCCGGAGCAUGUGCUGGAGACGGACAAAAUUGGCAACUUUGAUUCUUGGAGCAAAACCUUGGGGAAGAGAAGGGGGAACGGCUCGGUGGCGCCGCAGGAGCAGAGCCACAACUUGAUUGAGGUGGCCGAGGCUCCUUCCAAGAAAUCUGGGGGUUAUUUCACGGCCCCCGCUCAACCCGACCCCGACGACCAGUUCAUCAUACCUCCGGAGCUGGAGGAGGAGGUGAAGGAGAUCAUGAAACAACAUCAGCAGGACCAACAGAGGCCGGCCAAGAGUGAGCGACCUGCGGACUACUACGACACACCGCUCUGAAGGAGUCGUUGCAUUCUGCCAUCAUCGACUCACCUUCAUGUCGUUGGCUUUAUUACGCAGUUGUUGGUCUUUUGCCCAAUACUGACGUACUCUGACAGCAUUUCUUGCACCAAUGCCGCCACUUUUGAGUAAAUCAGUCAGAACGACAUGAGGCCGAGUGGAUGAUGACUGAAUGUUCACUCAAUACUCAAGUGGAGUAUAUUCUGCUUUACUGCAGUCAACCAAUAUGAAGCUGUGAGUAAUCUACCUACAACGGCUCUGAAAGGUCACGAGACUGGGCCAAAUAGGCAACGUAUUAUGACGCCACUUCCCCCAAAGUCCACCAAGAUCUCAACCAAUCCCUUUAAGAGAACACAAGAGUGACCUGCGCUCUACCGUGCCUCACCCAUUUCACUAGAGUUUUAAGAGCAGUUCACUACUGAUUACUGACUGUUUUAACUUUUUUAUUUACCUUAAACCGAUACCUAUAUAAUUCAACACUAUUAUUGCGAUGUUAACUUGUCAUUACCAACAUCAAGUCUCUGGAUAUUUUGAUUUUGUUUAUUAGUUACCAUAUGUGAGAGAAGCUACAACAGACUUUAAGUUGAUUUAAAAACAGAAGAUUGCGUUGACAUUAAAUUGUGUUGUACGGUACACACUAGUAAUACCACGCUUAACUGUUGUAGAUAGGGCACUUAAAGUAAUACUGUAUCUCUUCAGUAAAUCAAGGCUUCGGGCCUGUAUACAAACUAGAAAUUUAGUGGAAAUUUGAAAGACUAACUCCUAGGAGUUGCUUACUCUUUUAUGGUGACUUCGUCACUUUUUACUAAUCUUCUCUGCGAGAAAUGGUGAUUUUUUUUUUUUGUUGUUUCUUUUUCUCUUUCCAAUGAUUGUAAAUAAGAAAAAUAUUGUAUACCAAUGCUUUUUAAGGGAACUGUGUGUCUAGAACAAGAUGACCCUUUAUGCAUACAUGCCAAUAGAUGUAUAUGUAUCAGAAACAUAUACACACACACACCAGUUGUAAAUGAACUGUGCAUUCUGCCCAGUGCUGUCAUCACUUGCUGAUCAAUGAGCCAUACACACACACACACAUAAACACACACACUCACACAUAAACACACACUCAUCCGCCUCUUUACACCAGCAUGACUGUGUCAAGUCCUGUAAUGCAAUCCAAUUUACCUGUAAGAAAUUAUGCUCCAACCAACCACACAAACAGUUCCUGGUUUUGUUACAAUAAAUCUUAAAUUUAUGACUCUA